GAGCUUUUUCGCCCGCCAUGCGUGCUCUGCUCCGGUGCACCGGCGUUUUGACCCUGGCGACCGUUGCCAUGGCUGCAAACAAUGCGGACGACGACCUGGGUGACGUGACAGAUGAGUCUCCCGUGCCCGGGAUUUACAAUCCGCAGAUGGACGGCAAGGUGAUUAUGUGCACCAAAGGCAGAUACUAUUCCCUCGGGCUGUGCUAUGAUUACUGCGCCGACGGGUGGGAGGAUCUUGGAAACCAGUGUGUUGAGAAGGGAUGCGGCAAGGGUUGGACGGAGGUGGGCCUGAUCUGCAAGAAGGAUGGUCUGAACGCCAACACCAAGACCAGGAAGACGUACAAGCGCAGUGUGGCGCCGCCAGAGGAAUGCAAGCUUGGGGAUUCCUUUGGCCCUGGGAGCGUGGCAGACAAUGGCAAUCGUGACUUCACAGUCCUGAUGGGCUCCGACGUGCAGCUGCCUUGGGGAAGCUGCGUGGACGAAGGGAAGAACAGCGAGAAAUCGCAGAAGUGUGCAAAAGAGGACAAUCACAACAUGGUCCGUGCGAUGCACAGCAUCGAGACCUUGACCUGGCCAAGUGGAAACAAGGAGCCUGUUGGCAAACCCAUUGGGGUUUUCCUCGCAGGUGACCUGACAUCAUUUGGGAAACCAUGGCAGCUGAAUAUGUACAGAAAGAUCUGGGAGACCAAUGACAAGGAAGACAGGGACAAGAACAUCAAGAUGGGCGUGUGGCCGGGUCUUGGCAACCACGAUGUGUUUAACAACCUGAGAUUUGGAGGGAAUCAUUGCGCAGAUUACGGCCUAGAGGAGCCAACCUGGGCUCCAUAUGAAACCCAGAGCUGUGCGCAACGGAUGUUCGCCUACAUCCGCGCAGCAGUGACGGGAUGCGGUUGCCACAAGGUUCAUCCAAACUUUGGAGGCCACGUUGAUCACUACGAGAAGAAAUCCGCAGCCUAUGCGGUGAAGUAUGGACGCGUUCGUUUCGCAAUGCUGCACAACUAUCCUACCUUCCGCCGCGUGGAAUUGACGGGUGUGGCUUCGACGAUGGGCUUCCUUAAGAAACAGGUUGAGCUGGCCGAGAAGAAUGAUGAGUACUUGGUCUUGGUCAUGCACGAUGCGACCGACCACUUUGGUUAUCAGCACUGGUUCAAUCAGGUGGCUCGCCACGACUACUACUCGGAAGUGCUCACCGGCUCACGGACCAUUGCCGUUUUUGCGGGGCACUUGCAUCCUCAGGGUGGCUUCAAACGCAUGGUCUCGGACUCGCGGCACAGAACCGAGGAGGAGGACUCGAAGAUCAACGUGAAGAACGCCUGGGGCGAUGAGAUUCCCAUCAUGCUGAACUGGGCGGCGGAGUAUAUGAGAUUCGAGACCGUGCAGUUCAACAUUGCCGAGUGCUACUGGCGAUAUGCCUCCACGCAGGCACCCACCAACAAGGACCAGUCCGUCCAGUGGUAUCAUCCUGAAGAGGAGCAGCACCUGCGCAUCUUCCCGCUUCGAAAUUGCACUGUGGAUCCCAACUACACCUGUGGCCCACCGGAGAUGAAAACCGAGAAGCCUGAGGAGUGCCAGUCAUUGGUUGGAGAAAUCUCCGGAUCAGUCACGAACCGUGCCUACCCCUGGCUCCUAUUGCCGCUGCUGGGCUUCCUAGCUGUACCACCUUUGUAGUUCGACAUUCAACACAUUUUCCGCGUCAAUCGAACAGAUUGUCGUCAUUUUGCGAGCUUGCCCCAGACCUGCCGAAGGACCAUUUAGCGCCGGGCCCGAGGGGGCUCGGCAUUACCUCGAAGUCAGUGGUCUGUAGGUUUGUUAUAUCGAAUUCCAACUUUCAAAUUGGAUCAUCCAAGGGAGCUGCGGUUCGAAGCGCUUUGGCUUGUAACUCUUUGGUAGCUCUUCAGUAGCUGAACCUGGUGGUCGUCUAAGACGGCUCAUAUCCAGGGAAUGCCAAAAGCCUAUUGAUCGCAGUGUCUUGUGUAGCCUUUGUCGGAAAA